AAUUGGUAUCAGAGCAAGGGCUCCAAUUUGAAGGUUUAACCACCUAGGAGUUGAUCAAGGAUGGCUCAAUUUCAAGCUUCUCAACCACUUGAAGGUUUGUAUACCACAAGGCCUCCUUUCUUUGAUGGGACUAAUUACAAUUAUUGGAAGAAUAGGAUGAAGGUCUUCAUGCUUGCAAAUGUGCCCAAGGUAUGGAUUGUGACUAUGAAAGGUCCAUAUGUACCUAUGAAAGUUGUUGGAGAAAGAGAGGUGUCAAAGGAAGAAGUUGAAUGGAAUGAUGAAGACUUGGGGAAUAUCAUGAUCAACAACAAAGCAAUCAACAUGCUUCAAUGUGCUCUUAAUCCAACGGAAUUCCAUAGAGUAUCCGAAUGUGAUACGGCCAAGGAGAUGUGGGACAUGUUGGAGGUAACACAUGAAGGAACAAGUCAAGUGAAAGAGUCAAAAAUCAAUAGACUAAUUUACAUGUAUGAGCUUUUCAAGAUGAAACCGAAGGAGAGCAUUCAAGAUAUGUAUACAAGAUUGAAUGAUAUAGUCACCAAUCUCAAGGCUCUUGGUAAAGUUUAUCCUUCUCAAGAAGUGAUGAGGAAGGUUCUUAGGAGCUUGCCUAAGAAUUGGGAACCCAAGAAGACCGCAAUUGAAGAGUUUAAGGAUCUCAACACUCUCAAGCUUGAAGAUCUCAUUGGAAAAUUAAUGACAUAUGAGAUAGAAGUUCAAGUUGAUGGUGGAGUUGAAGUAGUUGAGAAGAAGAAGAAGGAUAACAUCAAGAGCAAGCUUGAAAAAAGAGAUGAAGGAGAGUCUACCAAAAGGAGUGUGAAAUGCUAUGAGUGCAAGAAGACGGGGCACUAUAGAAAUGAAUGUCCCAAUUUGAAGAAGGGUGAGAAGAAAGGCAAGAAGUGCAUGAAGAAGAAAGCUUUUGUUGCCACUUGGAGUGAUGAUGAGACUAGCUCAACGGAAAGUGAAAGCUCCUUGGAGAAAGGUGUUGCAAAUCUUUGCUUCAUGGCUCAAGAGGAUAGUAACCAUCAUGAGGAGGUAAACUCUAACUUCUCUAGUUCAAUUAAUGCAAGUUCAUUUGAGUAUUCUUAUGAUGAUGUAUGCAAAGUUCUUGAUUGCUCUAUGAAUGACAUUAAGAAACUAGGAAAUUAUAAUAUUGCUCUUACUAAAACCAUUUCAUUGCUUAGGAAUGAAAUUGAAUCUCUCUCAAAACAAAAUGAGGUUUUAGUUAAAGAGAAUGCCUCUUUAAAUGGUGAGAUUGCUUCUUUAAAGAAUGAGGAGUCUAAUAAUGCUUUGAAAAAGGAAAAUGAGGAUUUAAAGAAGGAAAAUGAGGAACACUUUGCUUAUGUAUGUCCUUUGAAGAGAUUGAUAGCUCAAGAAAGCCGGCUUUUAAAAGCUGCAGCUGGCUCUGGUGAAAUGGAAGUGCAGAGAGCCAACUCUGGAAGCUGCAGUCAGCUCUACAGGCAAAAAUUUGAAGACCGUUGUUUGGUGCGUGCGGAGAAAAGACGCAAAGCCGGCUCCAACUUUGUAGCCGGCUGCUUUGCAGCUGGCUGUGGAAGAAAACAGAAUGUGCAGGAAUCCCGUAAAGCCGGCUGCAGAAAUGGUGAGCCGGCUCUCCUGGUAAUCUUGCAACUCGAGCUUUGCGUCUUGCAGAGCAUAUAAUGACCCCCAACGGCUAAAAACGGCUAUUUUCGAGCAAGGAGCUAUAAAUAUGGUUGGUAACAGAUUUGAAGAAGUUUAGAGAGCAUUGUAUUGAAUAUCUUUACCUACCAACUUGUGCUUUAACUUGAGAUUUUGAUCUUUGAGAGAUCUUUAUUUGUAAUCCUCUUCUUGUUCUAUUUGUGAGUAAUCUUGGGGUUGUGACUAUUCCUUCAAGAGUGAUUUGUAGAGAGGAUUGUUUGGGUUUAAGUGUAAAGGGGUGAGAUUUGAGAGAAACACCCUUCUUCUUGUAAAAAAAUUGAGUGGCUCCUU